AUGGACAUUGUACUUGACAUUGACCUUGAAUUACCAUUAACGCCAAAUUCGCGGGGAUUUGAACUUUGGAAAGAUUCUGAUAAACUUCCAUUGUUCAUUGACUUCUAUUUAUUCAACUGGACUAAUCCAGAUGAGCUGAGAGAAAAAGGAAAGAAGCCAAACUUUGUACAAAUGGGGCCAUAUAGUUUUAGAGAAAGGAGAGUGAAGGUAAACGUAGUAUUCCAUCCAGAAAAUAGUACUGUAAGUUAUGACCAAAUGAAAUAUUGGUAUUUUGAUGCAGAGCGUAGUAAUGGAACACUAAAGGAUAGAGUUAUUGCUUUGAACACCGUUGCAGUUUCAGCCGCUCAUACAAUAAGAUACUGGAACCCGAUGAUGCAAGGAACGCUGUCAUACUUACUAGCAUCGUCAAAAAUCUACAUCAAUAAGACUGCAGGCGAGUUAUUAUUCGAGGGAUACUCAGAUCAAAUAAUAUCAAUGGGUUCAUUGAUGGCGAGCGACGAUUUCGAAGUUCCACCUUUCGACAAAUUUGGCUGGUUUUACAUGAGAAACGGAUCGACGUACUUCGACGGGCAUUUCAAUGUAGCGACUGGAGAGGAUGAUUUGACUAAUUUGGGGGUGGUCAAAUUAUGGAAUUAUAAAGAUACUAUUAAGAAUUUUCAUACACCUUGUAAUGCUGUCGAAGGUGUCGCAGGAGAAUUUUGGCCACCAAAACGCGGCACUGAAGAUAUCAGUAUUUGGACUGGAGAAAUGUGCAGGCCACUAACAUACGAAUACUCCGAAGACGUAAUACACAAAGGAAUAAAAGGCUACAAAUUUUCAUUGGGAGAAAAAACUCUAGGAAACGACACCAAACGGCAGUAUCCCCACGAACAAGCUAAAUAUUUUGAAAAAACAACAACGACUGAAGACUUCUUCAGCGCAGAUCUAACAACGCCUCGCAAUGAAAAUAUAAACGAAGAUAAUCCGGAUGUAGUAAAUAUUGGCCGGUGUUACUGCAAUGGAGAGUGUACACCAAUGGGAUUAAUGAACAUAACAGCCUGUCGUUUUGGAGCCCCUGCAUUCGUAAGUCUUCCACAUUUCCACAAAGCGGACCCGGUUCUGAGGAACCAAAUCACCGGAAUGAACCCCCAGGAUGAUAUUCACAAUUUUUACGUCACUUUGGAACCCAACACGGGAAUUCCUCUGGAUGUUGGUGCUAGGUUGCAAAUAAAUAUCCUUCUCCAACCUUCUUUGACGAUAAGCUUCUUCAAAAACAUGCCAAAAAUUUUCUUCCCUAUGUUCUGGUUCAAUGUCCGGGGCGGAGUUACUGAUGAAAUGGCUGGAGGGUUGAGACAAUUGCUAAUGCUACCGACCUCUGGGCUCUAUGGCAGUAUUAUUUUGGCUAUCAUUGGAGCUACGUUCAUUGUGAUUGUUAUUAUUAUACAGUUUAUACGGAACAGCCCGCCACUGCCGGGAAAAUCAAGAAGAGUGCAAGCAACCAACGGCACUAAAACAGAGCUUGUUUACAUGGACACAACGACGCCUCUUGACGAUCACGAGCGAAGUGAUCGGCCAUUGGAACCCAAAAAUUGA